AUGCUGCUCCUGCUCCUGCUCCACAUUGUCUUUCCCCUGCCCCCUGGGGCUCACGCUGGGGAGAUCAUCGGGGGACAGGAAGCCCGGCCUCACUCCAGACCCUACAUGGCCUUUGUGGAGAUAGAGACAGGAGAAAAUCAAAGUGGCAGCUGCGGCGGGUUCCUGAUUCGGGAGGACGUGGUGGUAACGGCGGCUCAUUGUAACUGCAACCUGGGCAACAUCAGCGUGCUGCUGGGGGCCCACAAUGUUGAAAUAGGUGAACCAGGGAGGCAGGAGAUCCUUGUACAUCGUCGAAUCCCGCACCCAGAAUUCAAUGAUGCUACGCUUGAAAAUGACCUCAUGCUGCUGCAGCUGAAGGACAAGGCUAAUCUGACCAAAACUGUGGGCACCAUCCCCCUAUCCCAGAAAGAGGUGAAGAAGGGGGCUCUGUGCAGCGUGGCGGGUUGGGGCCAGACUAGUACCAAUGGCCAGCCCUCCCCGACGCUGCAGGAGGUGGAUAUCAAGGUAAUGGGCAAGGACGUCUGUCUGUCUCCACUCUAUUUGAACUUCAAGCCUGACAAGAUGCUGUGCGUGGGGGACCCCCAGAAGAAGAAUGCGUCAUUUAAGGGCGACUCCGGGGGCCCCCUGGUGUGUAAUGGGAUGGCUCAGGGCAUUGUCUCCUUCGGCAAAAGUGAUGGGUCCCCUCCGAGGGUGUUCACCAAGGUCUCUGCAUACGUCCCCUGGAUCAAGAAAACAAUGAGGGGUCUCAGACACCCAGGGUCCCAUGCUGAAAGGCUGGGGCCCCUACACUGA